AUGGCUACGUCUCAAUCUAAUAAUAUAAAAAAAUGCCUCAGCUUGUUCACUUUCAAUCUGAAUGACAAAUUGGACGGGAGUUCUGUUGACCAACCUCAACCGGAUAAAGAGGUAUGUAAGGAAAAUGAACAGUUAUCAUCUCCGAUGAACUCCCCUCUGUCUCAUACCAUGGGAUCUUUACCUGAGAACGAAGACACCAAUAUUUUUGAAAGGUCGGUCCAAGAUCUGUGUUUUGAGCUGUGCCCCGUUCCGAAGUGCAAUAAGUGUACUCGAAAAAAAUCUUGCUCUCAUAAUUCUUCAAUGAGCUUGCCUACUGGGCAGUUUUUGAGGAAUGAAGACAUGAUCCCUGCAGCUUUAGAUGCAUCAACAACCUUAUUGAACGACAGCCAAACCAAUUUGGACCAGGUUGAAAUGAUAUAUCCGAACAGGAGGAAUUCCUCCGUCUUGAGUUUGAAUAUGGCUCUUGGAAGACCAUUCUCUCCCUCAAGGAAGAAUUCAAGCUAUUCGAUGAAAUAUCAAAUCUCUCCCCAGUCACCAAACGGUAACAUGAACAUUACGAACAGCAGUAUCAGCAAUUCAAAUAACAGUACAAACAACAGCAAUGCAAGUAACAGCAAUGCUAACAGUAGUUCAUCUGGAAACAACACUAAUGCAUCGAAUACACAACAACCCACGUCUCCUCCAAAGUUGACUAGCUCUAGAUCUUCCCUAAGCUUCUACAGCUAUGCUGACAUGAUAAACACGGAUGAAUUCGCUAGACGGCCCUCAAUUAAGCAGAGCUAUAGUAGCCAAGGGUUUACACCUUUAAGCAAAAAUUCUUUUGCGAAGAAUUCCUUUGCUAAACAAAAAUUACCUCCUCAGUCCUCUCAAUUGUCAAGACAAUUGUCUGGAAAAGAUAAUGGGAUGAAUAGCUUACAAAAGUUUUUGAUAAGCCCUGAAUCCUCAGAUGAAGAGCAAGAAAACAAUAGUUUGAAGUCAAAAAGAAAGUCCAUUUCGUCUGCAGCUUCGAAUAAUUUAAUGAAUGAUAAUGAGAGUUUAAUUUCGAGUUCAGUCGGUGAUUGCCUUAGAAGAACCACCACUGAAAUAAAUGGCAACUAA